AUGAAACUGGACAGGUUCCCGGUUCAGGAAGUUGUUGCACCGGGUAUGUUCGCGCAAUAUGCGACAGGAAUAUUUUCCGAGCAUGCUUUAGUCUCACGCUGUCCUUGCCCAACCACAGGCGAUUUUGAACUUCGUCUACGUUGGGCCAUAUUGCUCGAGCAGACACCGGAAUCCUUCGUGGGGCUUCCGAUUCAACCUGAUCCAGUAGGUCUCAAUCGUACUGAUGUGAUUUCCUGUGGUUGGGUCAUUGAAAUGCCUUGAACGAUUGGCUGAGAGGGAUUCGAGAAGAACACUUCCCACUUAAGUGAGAGGCGUCGAUUAAGUGCUUCCAUUGUGCGGUGGUGGAUGGUGCUGUUGUGUAGUACAGGUGUUGGUGGGGAAGGGUGUGGUGAUGUGGUUUAGCCGGCGGUUGUCUACCGCGGGUUUUCGUAAAUGCACAGGUGGCCUAUCAAGCUAAUGCGGGGCUGACUGUGCGAGGGCAGUGCGGGCAGUUGAGGUGAAUGCGUCUGUUGUAUGUUGGUGCUCCAGACACUGGUUCACCAGUCCCCGUGCGAUGCGAUGGAUUCGCAGCUGACUGACCAGGCCGAUACGAAAGGUGAAUGUGCGGGACAAUUUGGACAGGACUGGUCGGGGGCAUCAGAGUCGGAUCAUUGUGACGAACAACAAACAUGUAACUGUUUGGUAAAUAUAAUGUCCGUGUGCGCGGCAUGACGAAAUAAUUAACGUAUAAACUCUCGUUACUGAAAUACGAUAAGCAGUCUGGGUGGACACCCAAACAUCGGCCGAAAUACGCUGCACCUCACGUCACCUGACAGGGUAUUUAACGAAGGAAUUGCAGACGUUGCAGUAGGCUCGGCAGGCAACACACGGCUCUCGGUGGGGCCUCGUAGCCCAGGUGGCCAGAGCGCUGGCUGCAUUAAAGUCUUCCCCUGGCUGUCGUGGGUUGGAAUCCAACAGAGUUCGCCCAAUUUUUCACAGUUGGGUCAAAACGAAUUACUCAGUAUCUGCCGAAACACCUGUUAUUUCCAAAAAGGUGUUGCUGAAACACGGAGUGUAGUAUAUUUGGUGACGCGCAACAUUCUGGUAGGAUGGCACAGGGGAAAUAUGUUAGUUUCUGAUGGCGUGUUUAAAGCUUGGUGUUUAAGAACAAGAGCUCGGUUCACACGUUUUAGUUGGUGACAGUAGAGGCCUAUUGUUACGAGCUGGGUGUCCAGCUGUGGGUCCACGUGACGGUCGUGUUAGGUCGCUCACAUGCUUGCAAGUGUUGACUACACCUUGCGCCCAUCAACUGGCACCCAACUCACACAUGUGGCUCUCGAAGUUAGGUUCUGCGUUGUGGCCACACCCCGGUGACCGCCUCGGCCGGUGGGCUAAACUAGGUGAGGGUAUCCGUGUGUGUACCAUCCCAUACGAAAAUUCGACUCUCUCCCCCACCUCCCAUCUUUUCUACAUCGCUUCCCUUCCUUUUUCUACUUUCCCCUUGGCAUUUCUCAUCCCUUCUCCUCUUGCCCCUUAUCCUCGCCCUCACUCUCCUCCUCUCCCCUCCGUCUUUUUUUCCCCUUAUCCCCCUGUCCCUCUCUUUUUCCCCAUCUCUACUCUCUACUCCACUCACUUCCCCCACUGCCGGAAUUCCUAGGAUGAGGGCGACAUGCAAUCACGUGGGCGGCCCAGGCUAUUGGUCGUUCUCACACUAAACCCCGUGACGCAUAGUGGAGAGCAGUAUCCAUUUGGAGCGACAAUGCAAUCCUAUCUAGAGAGAAUACUGAUUUGUCCGCGAGGGGAGGGGGCUGUAAAAGAUGCCCUAAACAAAGUUGGGUACAUGACAUUUGUGCGCAGACCGUGGCUCGCAGACUGUUAAGUAUGCGGUCGAAAUAAAAACACAAGACGCAAUAUCCUCUCCCUCCCCCCCCCUCCUCCUUCUCUUCCUCCUCCCCUUCGCCCCAUCCCAUAGGCUGCUAGGGGGAGCCCGCUCAUUCUGGCAGCCUGGAAUGUUCGCUCCCUUUUAGAUAAUCCCAGGGGCAAUCAGCCGGUACGAAGGGUGAUCCUAUUCGCUCGAAAACUGGCGCGCUACAAGGUGUACAUCACUGCACUCAGCGACACACGUUUCUCUGGAUAAGGCCAACUGGAGGGGGUGGGUGUCGGCUACAUCUUCUUCUGGAGCUGCCGCCCCAGGACAGAGCAGCGAGACGCUGGCAUCGCCUUUGCCAUCCGAAACGAAAUUGUGAGACGACUACCCUGUCUGCCAUAGGGUAUCAAUGACCGGCUGAUGAGACUGCGUCGGCCUCUUUGAAGACCCAACUUCACCACCAUCAUCAGCGCCUACGCCCAAACAAUGACCGGUUCUGAAUAGACAAAGUCCAAGUUCUACAAGGACUAGCACAAACUCCUAGCAUCUGUGCCGAAGGCGGAUAGGUUGAUUGUCCUUGGUGACUUCGAUGCCCGCGUCGGCACAGACCAGGUGCUGGAUACUCACGGAAUCGCCGGCUGCAGUGACAAUGGCCUCCUACUCCUGCAGACCUACUCAGAACACCGACUCCUAUUGAUCAACACCUUCUUCAGCCUGCCCAUGCGGGAGAAGGCGACCUGGAUGGAUCCCCGAUCGCUGCGCUGGCAGCUGCUGGACUACGUUUUCGCCCGGAGGCGAGAUCAGCAGGACGUGAUGGUGACCAAGGCGGUCGGCGACGCUGAUGGCUGA